UAGUGCAUCGAGUGUUACGUCCACAGGUAAUCUCAAAAUGACAGCAAAGUUGUAGCAAAUCUGCGAGAAGGAAAAAUAAAAUUAUUUUUUUCUAUGUAUACAUGUAUGUAUUUUGAUUAGUGAAGAACGAAGAGGACCGCAGCAGAAGAAACCAUGGGAGCAUCAGAGAGCAGACCUAGGAAACUAACGAUCGAGAACAACAAUCCGAUGAGCGUGAUUAAGGUGUCCGACGAAGUCGUCGAGAGAAUGAAAGGAAAAGAAGGGGUAAGCAAGCAGACCUACUCGGCAGGACCGCAACAAGUACCAGUUGGACAGGCCCCAUUUCUGUAUGAACCUAGUUUAACUUCAAUUCAAAUUCGACAAUCGCAGGUGCAGGCGUUGAAGGAUAAUGAUGACUACUGGGACAAGAGGAUCGAGUGCUUGCAGCAGGGACACGAGCAGAUGCACAAAAUCAUGGAGCAGGAGUUCCAAAAAGCCGUUGAAGAGGGAAAGAUCACUAAGAUGAACAACGAGAAGACGAUCCCGUGCACCCACAAGAGGGCCGAUAUCAUAGCGUGUUACAAAAAGUACAAGGAUGAACCGAUGAGGUGCGCCAAGGAGGUGCAACAGUUCGCCGAAUGCGUGGAAAAGAAGAGGGCUGCGCUCAUAGCUAAUCGCGGCUAAUGUUCGAGGCUGCUGUUGUAGUCUGUAUUCAAAUUUCUAGUGUUGUGUGAGAAUUCCAAAUGAAAAUACGAAAAGUAAUAACGUUAAAAGAAGAAAACCAUCUUGUAAUUCUCAUCUGUACAUACAUUGCUUUAAAAUAAAUACUUUUUGUUUGUUUAA